UCACAUAAAAAAAAUAAAGAUCGGAAAAGAGUGUGUGAUGGUGCAAAGAUUAGGAGCCAGCAAAAGCAAAAAUUGACGAUAGUUCGUUCGUUGUUUCGGCUACGACGGAAGAGAAUAUUGAACAAGAAUAUCCGAAAUAUUGCUCUGAAUUUUCGCUUGCUGCGAAGUCGAAGAUUUCGUAAAAAUCGCUGUACGUUAAUACGGACACGGAUCGGUUUCCAGUUUCUAUUGCCUUCUUUGCAACAUUUACCAGCUUUGUAAAGGACGAGAACGGGUCUAUCCGCGGUAUUCUUCCAAAUGGAGCAUUGAAACACCCAAUAGGAAGGAAUCAAAUCAGUGAAAACUGUGGAUCAAAGGUUUUACGUUGAGGGCGGUUACUGUUAGUGAAGUUGGGGCUUGUGGGGGAAGUGGGCCUUUGCCUCUGCCACACACAGGCAUAGCUGUUUUGGCAUUUGACAGCAGGCUUUUGUUGUGUCAAAAAGGUUUACCUAUUGGAACGAGAAGCAUCCAGGAGGAUUACAGAUUUCGGAAAUAAUCAUUCCGACAGCCGAAGCAACUGAUGACGAGGAAGCAGAUUGGGUGAUUGGCAAACGGCAGCAUACACCAAUGUACGAAGGAAAAAUGUCCGGGCAAAGUUCCAUCGGCAAUCGGAUCAGCAUGAUAGAGGCCCAGCUGCAGGUACAACAACCAGGGUCGUCGUCCCAGGGCCAGAGUUCGCGGACACCUCCGACACCACCAACGCUCAAUUUCGACCGUAACAGACGGGUCGGUAGCGGUGGAAUGGGCAGCCGUGGACGUUCGGGCCUCGGGUUGGAUCUUCCUUCAAGAACACAAUCAAACAGCCGGCGCAAUGAUGCUGAACUGGUGAUGAUCAUCGACAAAAGUGGAAUGAUCAAAAUCAACGAUCAAGUAUACAAGACAACCCUGACGGAUAUGCAGGAUCUGGGCGAACUUGGCAGCGGAACUAGUGGCCACGUCGUCAAAAUGCGUCACAAACCGAGUGGUGCAAUUAUUGCCGUGAAGCAAAUGCGUCGAACGGGAAACGAUGAAGAAAACAAACGAAUCAUCAUGGAUCUGGAUGUGGUGCUCAAGUCGGAGAAAUGUUGCUACAUCGUAAAGUGCUUGGGCUGCUUCAUCACAGAUGCAGACGUGUGGAUCUGUAUGGAGCUGAUGACGACCUGUUUCGACAAACUGCAGAAAAAAUCCAAAAAGCCGGUGCCUGAGCGAAUACUGGGCAAGGUUACGGUGGCCACAGUGAAUGCGCUGGCCUAUCUGAAGGACAACCACAAUGUGAUCCAUCGGGACGUAAAACCCUCGAACAUACUGAUAGACGACCGUGGAAACAUCAAACUCUGUGAUUUUGGUAUUAGCGGCCGGUUGGUGGACUCCAAUGCUCGGACCAGAUCGGCUGGGUGCGCUGCAUACAUGGCGCCUGAACGAAUCGAUCCGGCCAAUCAGUCGUACGAUAUCCGGGCGGAUGUCUGGUCUCUCGGAAUAACACUGGUCGAGCUGGCAACUGCAAUGUUUCCCUACCGUAAUUGCAAGACCGACUUUGAAGUUCUCACCAAAGUGCUCACGUCCAGCCCACCCAGUUUACCCGAAGAUCAGGACUUUAGUUCGCAUUUUCGGGACUUUGUGAAACUGUGUCUGCAGAAGAAUUAUGAAGCCCGGCCCAAGUACCCGGAUUUGCUCAAGCACCCAUUCUUACAGCGAGCUAAGCAGGAAGAUGUCGACGUUGCCGGUUGGUUUCGCGAGGUUGCCUCCAGUAGCGGCAUCCAGCUGAGUACACCCCAGCUGGUUGCGUCCGCCAGUGGUGUUACUUCCUCAAGUUUGGUUGGUUCCGGUAGUUCUCCCACUUCCGUCGGUAUCCAGAGGCCUUCUUCCUCGGCGUCCGAUCAGAAUAGAGUCCCGACUCCCUUCGAAAGCCUUACGGAAGCGGUACAGGCACAGUCCAACCAACAAAAGCAAUCAGUAAUCGCAUCGUCAAUACCAAUCAAGUCCAGCAACCUACAGCAACCGCAAAACAAUACCGAAGCUCAGCAGCAAACUUUACAAGUGAAACUUAGCAGCAUCAGCUUAGCGCCGUCACAAGCUACCUCGUCUUCCACAACAUCAUCUUUCGAUAUACGAUCUCCCUCGCCCGCACAACUACCGCAACAGCAAAUGCAAACACCUCAGGCAAAUUAUCUUAAAUUGCAUCAACCCAAUUCAAUGUUUAGCAAUAGUACCAAUAGUAGCGUCAACAGCAGCACCGGUCCGGAUGUAAGCCGAAAGUACAAACAUUCACCAUUUCUACCCCGAAGAGCAGCAGCAGCCCCGGAUUCAAAUGCCAAUGCAGGGGAGAAUCUGCUUCUCGCUUACGGCAGCCCUAAAAAAGAAUCGACCCUUAGCAGUCUAGGUCAGAGCAUAUUCAAAAAUCUCACCACGUCGCCGUUCUCGCACCGUAAAUCCGAACAGAAAUCAUACAAGCCACCGCUUCCUGGUGAAGAUGGCGGUGGUGGAGUGUCUAUUCUAAAUGGGAAUAGACCUGGUUUCAGCAAUCCAUCGUCGCCGCUUCUUCUCAAUCGAAAGAUGAUUGAUCUGAACGAUGAACAGCAGUACAAGCAGUUACAAGGGAACACUAGUCCCAUAGUUCUUCAACGGUUCUACCAUCAGCAGAACCAGCUGAGAGAAAGCAAACAGCAGCAAUUGGAGCAACAUCUGUCAACAAAUCCAUUCUAUCAGCCACAGCAGCAACAGCCGAGCGGAAUCCCCAUCAAAUACAGCCCGCUGCCAUCGCAUCGAACUGUUCACCAUCCAGUCAAUCCAGCAUUCGUUAGUGGCAAUUAUGUGGGUUAUUCGCAGAUACCACAGCAUGAAGCGAGCAGUAUACCUACCUACCAAUACCAACAGCUCAAUACAGGCCACAGCAAUAGUAGUCCUAAUAAGCCGAAAACAAGUGGCUUUUUCAACACCUUUAGUCGAUCUAAGAGUCAAAACAAUGGCAACACCAGUUCUAGUCAGCGGAGUAACACGGGUGCUAACGUGGGUGGAGGUCCAGGAACCGACGGUGGCUUUUCGGAAGGGGCUUUCUACCAAAACCAACAACUGUAUGGACGACAGACGCUGCCGGAGUACGGCAGCGCAGGUUUCCAGAUGCCGGGCGGUAUAAGCAACGGCGACAGCAACAUGAUAAAAGACGAUACAGCAGGAUGGUUCAAUUCAAUUGCAGAUCUGGCCAAACGACGGUUCGCUUCAUUUGUUAAAGUGAAUCUGAGCUCCUCUUCUGGCGAGAAACGACCGAAGGAGAAGCAUCCGCACCAUCAAAUGCUGCAACCGCAACAGCAGUACCCAUUCACCGGUGGGAACAGUUCUGUGGUGGCCCCCAUGAGUAAUUUCACCGCCAGUACUAAUCCUUUCGUGGGGCCAUCGAGUGGUAUUCCUUCGGCAAUUCCGCCGUCGGCGGCAGCUCACGUGCUGGGCAACGAUCGACGGCAUCGAAGUCCCGAUCCACCUCCAAGGUUCAACAGGGGACAGUCGCCAUUGUUGCUACAUCGUAAAUUAGAGAAAUUAAGCCAAACUGGAUCACCGCUGCUCAAUCAACGUUUCACCUCGGCAUCGCCGUCGCCUCCGCUACCGCCCCGACGAGGCUCGGAAAGCGUUCCCGGUUCACCGCAGCACAUACGCACUCGCAUGCACUACACCCCGGAACCACAUAGGCGGCCCUACCGAACAAUAGACCAAUGAGUGGGACUGCAAAUUCUGGUCAUGUGAUCGAUGUACAGCUUUCUGGAUUGAACAUCACUGUGUCUUGUUAGGGGCCUGGCUCUCAUCUCGCCGUGAUCAGUGUCGUAUCAUUGUGUACCUUUAAUAUCGUUGAUGCCAAAUCGUUUGAUGCUUGUGCCCUAGUCGCUUCGGAUCGUUUUGCCUAAUGCGCGCUGGAAGAUAUCCUACAUAGGAGGAGUGUUGCAAUAUUACCUGCUUUCGUGGUUGUAGCUUAUUAUGUCUUGACAGACAUAGUUGAACAUUCAACGGGCAAUGUAUACCUGUCGUACGCAGUGUCAGUUCUUUCAUCUUUAUACAUCAAAUGACAUGCAUCCCAAAAAAACGAAAACGAUAUAAACAUACGAAAUUUGAUUUAUUUUGUUAAGAACGACGAACUUUCGACAAUCUAAGUAUUUUAUUUUAUUUAGACUAUGAAAGUUCGAUUUUGACGAUGCAGCGAUCUCAACUUUGUAGACUUUCUGACUUGACAUAAUUCUUUGAUGAAAACAAACAGUAAAUAAAACCGUAGAUUUCAAACAUUGUAGCUUUCAGAUUUUUGUGUUGCUAAAACAUAAUUCAAAUUUUAUAAAUUUUUGUUUCAUAAAAUAAAAUUCCAAAAUAAAAGUA